AUGGCAGAGACAACGGUUGUUCCACCUCAAUCCGAGUUUGCCGAUGCAGAAAUUACAAGGCUGGACAACAAACUCCCAUCUCUAGAUGAGGUUAUCGAACAUUUGACAGGAGCUUUUGGGAGGACACAGCUCCUUCAGUGCAUUCUCGUGUCAUUGACACGGGUUUUUGAUGGGCAGCAAACUUUCAUUAGUGUGUUCACUGAUGCAGAGCCAACAUGGCAUUGCAUUGACAAUGCCACAUGUAAGUCGGACUCUAAUUUUUGCAAUCUGUCCGCGUCUGAAUGGGCUUGGGAUGGAACCUCUUCCAAGACAAUCAUAUCAGAAUGGUCACUUCAAUGUGCCAGUUCUUUUAUUAGAGGCUUGCCUGCAUCAUCCUUUUUCCUGGGCUGCAUAUUCGGUGGAUUUGCUUUAGCUUCCCUCGCUGACGCUUCGCUCGGCCGCAAGAAAUUGCUCUUAUUAUCUUGCAUAACCAUGUCUUUUACAGCACUUGCCACCAUUUUCUCCACCAAUAUAUGGAUCUACUCCACUUUGAGAUUCAUUACCGGGGUUGGUCGGGCAUCGAUUGGCACGUGCUCUCUUGUGCUGUUGACAGAGAAUGUGGGGAAGAGAUGGCGAGGACGAGCAAGCAUCUUGGGGUUUGUAUUUUUCACCUUAGGAUACCUAUCCUUACCAGCCAUUGCUUAUAUAAACAGAGGUUCUUCAUGGAGAGCUCUUUAUUUAUGCACUUCUAUUCCGACGAUUCUUUAUUGCGCAGUAGUUUAUUUUUGCGUCAGCGAGUCUCCCAAAUGGCUAUUCACGCAGGGGCGUGAGGAAGAAGCACUUGCGAUUCUGAAAGGGUUUACUUCAGUGAAUGACGGAAGCUUAAGCUUAUGCCUAUUAAGUGUUCCUAUCAAGCAAAAUACUAUCAGCCAUGAUCUCUACUCCACAUUCAAGGCCAUAUUAAAGAAAAGACGGGUUCUCCAGCAAUUAUUAGCUCUUAUGGUGAUAGGUUUUGGAAUUGGAAUGGUUUACUUUGGCAUGCCUCUAGGGGUUGGAAACAUGGGUUUCAAUAUCUACCUAGGUGCUUUGUUCAAUGCCUUAUUGGAGGUACCCUCCUACUUUAUCACCUUCUUCGUAAUUGAUAGAUGCAAUAGGAAGGGUGCUUUGUUAGGAUUUUCUAUACUUAGUGGGAUAUUUAGUAUACUCUGUUUUGUUGUUGGAGAUUUUCGCAAGGAAAUCAAAAUGGGACUAGAGCUGGCAUCUUUGUUUGGAGCAUGUAUGGCUUAUAAUGUGUUGCUAAUAUACACAACAGAGUUGUUUCCCACACGCAUAAGGAAUUCUGCCACAUCUAUGGUGAGGCAAGCACUUGCAUUUGGUGCAGUGUUUAGCCCGUCAUUGAUCUCUGCUGGGAAAAUUAAUGGUUUUCUAUCUUAUGGAGUCUUUGGGAUUGUCAUAUCACUUUGUGGGUUAUUUGCAACUUGCUUGCCUGAAACUCAAGGUUCCAUGCUCUAUGAUACCGUGGAUGAACAAGAGGAGAGUGCAACAAUCAAGGAGGAUAACAGCGCAUAA